UUGGACGCGUCCUUGCAGAGGGUCUGCUGGAAUGACCCGUUUCGGUCCAGCUGCUGCAGUGAAGGCAACACGGCAGGAGCAGGGCUGACCAUGCCUCUGGGCAGGAGCCCACAGACACCACAGCUACUGUUGGUGCUGGUGGUGGUGGUGGUCGUCCACUCCACGUCCGGCCCCAGGCCCUGUCCUGGACCCUGCCUCUGCUUCCCGGCCUCAGACCUGGUGGACUGCAGGUCCCGCGGGCUGGACCGGGUCCCCCCCAGCCUCCCCCACGGCACCUGGCUGCUGGACCUCAGCGGGAACAGGGUCAAGGAGGUGCGGCCCAAUUCCUUCGCGGGCCUCUGGUCACUCAAGAUCCUGCUGAUGUCCAAUAACAGCAUCUUUGCUCUGCAUCCACAGUCUCUGUCCUCCCAGCAGUUUCUGGAGAGGCUGGACUUGAGUUUCAACCGGCUGCGUUGGCUCCCUCACGACUUCUCUCGGAGCCUGUCCUCCCUCCGGGAGCUCCGGCUUGACCACAACCUGCUGCAGCACCUGGACGCCGCGUCGCUGGCCGACUCGGACAACCUGCGGAAGCUGGACCUCAGCUACAACCGCAUCCAGAGCGUGGACGCGCGCGCCUUCGGCAGCCUGUCCCGGCUGCGCGUGCUCGGCCUGCAGGGGAACCGGCUGAACGCGCUCCCGGACGGGCUGCUGACCGGCCAGCAGGCCCUGGAGGCGCUCCGGCUCGGACACAACAACAUCUCGGUCAUCGAGGCCGACGCGCUCGCGCCCCUGCGCGCCCUGACCCUGCUGGACCUCAGGGGCAACCGGCUGGUCCACGUCAAGUUCAAGACCCUCCUGAAGCUGCGCACCGCCGGCACGCACCUGCAGAUGUCCGGCAACCCCUGGACCUGCGACUGCGAGCUGCAGCGCGUCUUCGGGAAGAUCCAGCACGUGCGCCACCUGCGCGUGCAGGACUACGCGGACAUCGUGUGCCACGCGCCCCCGCAGCAGAGCGGCGCGUCGCUGGCCUCCAUGGACAGCCAGCUGUGCAUGGCCGAGACGGUGUCGGUGCUGGUCAUCACGGUGACCGUGGCGCUGGCCGUGGUGGGCGCGCUGGCCAAAGCGGAGCGCAACCGCAAGAGCAAACAGGCGGUCAGCGAAGUGGACUCCGAGGACAAAUGACCACCCCUGUGGUGGGUCAAGCCUAAGGCCAGCAGCUGUCCUGACUGUGGUCAGAAAAACCUGUCGUUUCCAUCAGCUUUGGGCCUGAAGUCCCCAUCUAAAAACUCAACCAUGCCAACAUAUUGCUCUUUGCAAGAGGUGUUAAAAUGAAUAACACCAAUAGGAAAGAAAGCCAGCAAAGGAAAAGCUUUUCAAUUUAAAUCUUUAAUAAGUCAUUUAUUUAGAAUACAAAAACAUCUGGAGGUUGUCUGACUAAAUAAUGGACAGUCUUUCUUUUUUGAGUCUAAAAACGAAGCUGAGAUUAACUAACCUGUGGGCAACCUGGUUGCUGCCUGAUGGAAAACCCUUUAAAUUCUGCCUCUCAUAAGUGAUCUGAAAUACAUAACUGGAAACAGGCCGUUUGCAUGGACGGAGUUUAAUGUCCUCAAAGCAAACAGUUC